AUGAAGUUCUUCCCCCUCCUGACCGCAGCGCUUGUCUCAUCGGCCGCCAUCUCGGCGACGCCUCUCCAGGCUCGCCAGGCGAGCUCGUCCAGCAGCGCCGCUGCCACAUCGACGCAGGACUCUUUCUCCUCGUCGUCGUCCAGCUCUGGCUCUGGCAGCUCGGCCACCUCUUCCGCCUCUGCCUCCGCCUCCUCUGCCACCUCCACCAGCAGCAGUGGCUCCUCGACUAACAGCAGCAUCAUCAACAGCUACAACUCGACCCUCUCAUACAACUCAACCGCCACGGCCAACUCCUCCGACGUCUACGGCGUCUCCGCUGCUGGAUUCGCCAAUGUCAAAUCGGCCUCGAACCCGCUCAACAUCGUGCUCACGAACGAUGACAGCUGGGGCAGCGCCAACAUCCGAGCGCUGUACUACGCCUUGCGUCGUGCAGGUCACCGAGUGCUGAUGGUCGCCCCGUCGCACAACCAGUCCGGCAAGGGCGGUACUGUUGUGCUCCCUGCCUCGCUCAACAUCACCUCCGCUGGUCGUGGCGGCUUUGCACCCGUCGGCGCGCCCUUUGCCGGUCUCAACGUGACCGACCCAGGUCUGCGCUACUUCAACGGGACCCCCGCUGCCUGCGCAGGAUGGGCACUCGACCACGAUGCGCAGUACUUCUUCAACGCCACUUCGCGCAACGACUCCACCGCUGGCGUCGAUCUGGUGGUUAGCGGGCCGAACGAGGGCACCAACCUCGGUCCUUUCCUUUACACCCUCUCUGGCACCAUUGGCGCAUCCUACUUUGCGGUGGAGCGAAACGUCCCCGCGAUCGCAUUCUCCGCCAGCACAGACGUUCGACAGUACACCAGCCUCAAUUUGAGCGAUGUCGACGAUGAGAGCGUCAAGAUCGCCACCUACUCUGCCAACUUUGUCAGCACCGUUGCGGACAACGCCAAGGCAUCGAACUCGUCCGCUCGCGUCUUGCCGCUGGGCAUUGGUCUGACGGUCAACUACCCCGAAAUCGCCCCCACGGGCAACUGCACGGAUCUCGAGUGGGUCCACACCCGUCUGACUGGCAAGGCCAUCAUCGACCGCUUCGUCGUCAACUCCACCACCGGCCUGCCAACCUAUGCCAACUACGUCAGCGAGGGUGUCAACGCCUGCCUCGCCGGCAACUGCAGCUUGCCCGGUGAGACGGAUGUCGUCGAGAACGGAAACUGCCAGGCUAGCGCCAGCAUCUAUUCGGUCGACUAUGACGCUCCUACCAACGCUACUCAGGACCUCGUUGCGGCCCUGACCAGCGGCAUUCAGUCGCUCAACUCGAACGGUACUGCUAGCAACUCGAGCGCCAACAGCACUUCUGCCUAA